AUGACUGCUUUUAAGGGCGAUCCGACACGCGGAGCCACAGAGAUCACAGAGUACGCGAGGCCUGGAAACCGGUCCCUUUCGACGCUGGGUAAGGAUCUCAGCAUCAGCGCUCGUCACUGGUGGGCUGGCCUGGGAACCCCGCUAACCUUCAUUGGAAAUAGCUUUUCAGGGAAAGCCGCCCCAAUAUUUCACAUGCUCUGUGGCCAAGUAGUGCGGUCCAGCGCAGGCUCAAGGAAGAGAGCAGUUCGUCUGUCUUUCACGGCACAAAGACGAAGAAACAGCCCGCCCGCCCCGCGCCGGGCCAUCCCCCUAAAGAAAGCAAUGCAAAGAAACAAUCGUGCGAGAACAGGCCCAGGGAAGGGUCUCCAGGGCCCGGGAGCCGGACCAGGUGUGAGCCUCCGGCAGGGGCCGCUGCAGCCCGGGGCCGGUGGCUGGAGCAGCUCCGCCCCCAGUCUGGUUGUCCCGCCCCCGCGCCGGGGAUCCGCCGCGGUCCCCGCCUCCUGCAGGUGCGUGGGCGCCGGGGCCUGGCCGUGCUCUCCGCCGCCUCCCCUGGACUCCCGCUCCGUGGGUCGCGAUCGAGCACAGGGCCCCGGUGGGCGCCGUUCGGGGGGGCUCCCGGGGCGAGCGCGGGGGGCCGGCCCACUGCGGCGCGCAUGCGCGGAUCAAUUGCCUCGGCCGGUUCCGGCGGCAAAGGAGGAGUGGGGGAGGGGAGAGGGGAUGGGGAACGGCGAGGGCGAGGGGGGAAGGGGGCGCGGACCCCGUUUCUUCUGGUGGAUCCGAGUGGCAGCCCUCCCCACCCCCCGCCCCCGGCAGACACACCUGCGGAAGCCCGAGAUCGGGGGUCUUCCAGGCACAGCGCGGGGCGCUAGCUGCGGCCGGAGAGGCGAGGGAGGGGACCAGAACCGCGGUUGGAAAGUCAGGCGCCCGGGGCGG